UAGAAUACGUAUAAAAAGAGAGCACACUAAAACGUCCGGUCAGAUAGACUGGCGGAUCCGACGGAUACGCGCGGUAAUUCCCAAGCACACACACACACACACCCAGUGUCACUUCUCGCACACACACACACCCAGUGUCACUUCUCGCACACACACACACCCAGUGUCACUUCUCGCACACACACACACCCAGUGUCACUUCUCGCACACUACCCGUCGAGCGCAAGAGAAUAAAUACGAAGAGAAGAUAAGCAGAAGCAAAUACUAUCAUAACGUUGCAAGAAUAAGAGAAAAGAAAGUGCUUUUGCUGAAGAAGAUGAACCAACUAUUCCACAUUACCUUACUGAUGGCAGUGGUCGUGGCAGCGGCUCAAGGGAUGAAAUGUUUUAGCAAGGCAGAUAAGAAGCAGCAAGAGAAGAUCAGUGAACAUUUCGCAUGUGAGACUCCCAAGGACACCGCCAUACAUAUGCCUAUCCCUGAAGGCUACAACGCGGUAUCUCCUAACUUGGCGAUGGUGAAGAGAUGUCAUCACAACGUGUGUGAAGGAAGGGCUCAUAACUGUGUCGCUGUAGAUACCUCCAACAGAACUGUCAAGGUGAUGGCUUAUAGAAUGAAUAACAAACGUUACGUAUCGCAUUGUGUGCAGGUGACUCUGAUGGAUGACACAGCGUGUGGCUGCAGGUGUAGCAAUGUGGACAGAUCUUGUAAACAUAACCAAGUGUUCUUGGAUCAUCUGUGUAGGUGUGAGUGCUUGCAGGGUUUGGAGGAUGACUGCAAACGCCUUAUGAUUCAAAAGCCCGGAAUGUACAUGUGGAACAAGAGAACCUGCUCGUGCCCCUGUAAUAAUACCCAAGACUGUGGUACCGGCACUAGGUGGAGUUAUGACGAGUGUAGAUGUGUGCUGAUAGAUGAUGAGGAAAACGCCAUUUCUGAGGAGUCGUUUUGGUUCCCUUAAGAAAGGAAUGCUUAAGACACUGGGCUCACCUGCUCUUCUUCCAGCACAAUAACACAAACUCCUAUUAUAACCAUAACCAUAAUCUGUGAAGGGGUGGACCGGUAAGCCAGCGAAAGCCUCGGUUAGAUGACCGAAAACUCCAGCUGCGGGCCAUCAUAUGACUAAGACUCGUGUCAGAAAACAUAUUAUAACCCAGGCACUCAAAGGCCUGUUAUACAGGGCGUAAAGGGAGCAAAAUAAACACAGCAGAAAAACUUUGAAUUAUAUUAUUCUUCACCAAGUAAAGAUAGAAGUAUGUACACUAUAUACAAUAUGUACAACAAUAGGUAUUCGUGCACGCCACGGUAAUCAAGGCAAAAUUGAAGCCAAUAGGAUGCAGACCACCGUGCUUCAACUAGAUCUCGAAUGGAAAUGACAAGGGUGAAAAUGUGAGUGGUAACCACGUCACCUUCACAAUUGCGAGAUCCACCUUCUCAUUGGAUGAACCUAGAUACAGACCUGACGAUGGGGCCCCGUUAGAUAUUUCGCUGGUUGGGGAAGUAGCCUAUGUGUGUUAACAUGCUCCGAAUAAAGAUUACAUACUCAUUGCAUGCAGCAAAAUACUUGACCUGUUUCCUCACAAACCUAACCUAACCUAACCUGUCGUUGCUGGUUUAUUCGUCCAAGACAAAUCACCGCGCUCUAUGGCUCAUUGAAGUCCUUUUAAAGACUGUAAUAAUACCUAAAUUGGUGUGUCCUUGACUCACGGUCACUCAGAAUACAUUUAGUAACAACCAGGGUGCUAAUCCGCACCAAAAUGACCACACUUCCUCUUACUGCCGUGUACAGUAACGGGACUGUACAUAGUAUAUAUACCACAUGGAAAAAUGAAGAAUUAGACAUGUGCAUCAUCUGGGCAUUUUUAUUGUAGACAUUUCACCAUCCAGUGGCUUUAUCAGUACAAAUUAUGUCGUUGAAUUUAUAUUCAUGUAUCCACUGGAUGGCAAAAAGUCUUCAAUAAAGAUACCCAGAUGUUUGCACAUGUGUCUAAUUGUUCAUUGUAACUGCAUUGUAAUUUGCACCACCCCAUGUUUAUUAUUAACUAAGAUAAUUGAAAAGUUUAAGAUGCACGUUGAGAUGUGUUAAUUGCAAGUAUUAGGUCGCACAAAGAUGAGGCGAGUUUGAGGCUCUGAUAAGCGACUUACGGAGGGAAGUUAUCAGUUAUCUUCUCCGAUCGCUAAACAGUAAUAAGGAUAUUUUAGCGCACAUAAAACCAGUUUCUGUGUGGUCUUGUUUUUAUAGCGAAGGUUUUUAAGUCAUAUGUGAGAAGAAUUCAAUUAAUAAUUGUCAUAGCUUUUGCUGCAUGUUUUUAAUAAUUUAUAUGUAGUGACUUUGAGAUGCCAUCUCUACAGUUUAUAUACACAGAGAAGUUGACAUCUUCCAGAGUAUAUACACGCAGAGAUGUACAUCUUCUAGCUAUAUAAACCGAGAAGUGUGUAUGUUAGUGUAUAUUUGGUGAAGAUAUAUAUCACAGUGUAUACACACCGACAAGUGCAUAUCACAGUGUAUACACACCGACAAGUGCAUAUCACAGUGUAUACACACCGACAAGUGCAUAUCACAGUGUAUACACACCGACAAGUGCAUAUCACAGUGUAUACACACCGACAAGUGCAUAUCACAGUGUAUACACACCGACAAGUGCAUAUCACAGUGUAUACACACUGACAAGUGCAUAUCACAGUGUAUACACACCAAGUGCAUAUCACAGUGUAUACACACUGACAAGUGCAUAUCACAGUGUAUACACACCGACAAGUGCAUAUCACAGUGUAUACACACCGACA